AGAUGCGCCCUCUGUCCGUCUGUAGUUCCUGGACCUAAUCUCGUCGUCAGGGAGAUGGAACCAGAAGAGUAUCGAGACUCCCAUCAUGCUGAAAGAGGGGUUCAUGAUCAAGCGAGCCCAGGGGAGGAACCGUUUUGGGAUGAAGAACUUCAAGAAGAGGUGGUUUCGCCUCACUAACCAUGAGUUUACCUACCACAAAACCAAAGGUGAGGGCGCUCUCUGCAGAAUCCCUAUAGAGAACAUCCUGGCUGUAGAGAGACUGGAGGAAGAGUCAUUCAAGAUGAAGAACAUGUUCCAGGUAAUCCAGCCAGAGAGGGCUCUCUACAUCCAGGCCAAUAACUGUGUGGAGGCCAGGGACUGGAUAGACAUCCUGACCAAGGUCAGCCAGUGCAACAGGAAGAGACUGAGCACAUACCACCCCUCAGCUUACCUCAACGGUCACUGGCUCUGCUGCAAGAUGUCUGCCGACACAGAACCAGGCUGUACACCCUGUACUGGGUGAGUAACUGGGUUGCUCUCUGUCUGUCUGUCUCUCUCUGUCUCUCUCUCUAUUUCUGUCUGUCUCUC